GCCAAGGACAGGUACUGGGUGCCCGCCGACGAGAGAGAGAUCCUGGCGUCGCAGAAGAGCGGCGCCGGCGAGGACGGCCGGGUACCGCUGCUCUACCGCACGUUCAUGGUCAACGGCUUCCUCAUCAACCUUUACAGGUUAUUGACUCUGGUGAGAGUGAUAGUGGUGAUUCUAUUCUUCACGUGGCGCAUGAGGCACCGGGACUCGGACGCGAUGUGGCUGUGGUGGAUCUCGGUCGUCGGCGACCUCUGGUUCGGACUCACCUGGCUGCUCAACCAGAUCACCAAGCUCAAGCCCAGGUAAUGCGUCCCAAGCAUCUCCGUCCUCAGAGACCAGCUCGACCAGCCCGACGGCGGCUCCGACCUCCCCCUCCUGGACGUGUUCAUCAACACCGUCGACCCGGUGGACGAGCCGAUGCUCUACACCAUGAACUCCAUCCUCUCCAUCUUGACCACGGGAGUUAAUUGCAAGGAACUACCACACUUCGGCACGUCGUAACGAAUCAGUAUCAUUAGUCAUUUUUUUUGCCAUGCAGUACCAACUCUAAGUCUAAGUGUUGCAAAACGGUCUAAGUCAUGUAUAAACGCGUAUUGAUGAUGUAUCUGACCGCUGGGACCCGUGUGUCAGGAGCCAACCUGGCAUAUUUUUUUUCCAGAAAACACCUUUGUUGUAAAUUUAAUCACUCAAAACUCCCCGCCUCCCCUGUGCCACGCCGCCUCGACCUUGCCGGCCUUCCCUCACCAGAGCCCCAUCGCUGGCUCGCCGGAGCCCAGUCGCUGGCUCACCGGAGCAGCUGCUGGCUCGCCAGAGCACUAGUGCCCCUCUCCCUUCUCCUUCAUUUCCUCUCCUCUUUGCUAGCUCGCCAGGGCGGUGGUGGUCUUUGAUGCUGGUGCGAUGCGCGGGUUGGUGAUGGUGGCCAUGUGGGCGUUGCCCGGAUCUGGUGUUAGGCGACGGGGGUUGAGGGCGGCGCGGCGGCGUGCUCGCCGGUGCCGAACGGGAAACGGCCGCUGGAAUCAACCCCCACCGCUGUGUUCCUGGUCAGAUCCGCUCGAGGUAGACGAGUCAGGAUCGUGUGGGCUGCAGGACGGCCCAAUCGUGGUCCAGUGAGGCCAGCACAUUGUUUUUUUCUGCGGGGAGUGAGGCCAGCACAUAUAGACCUAAAAAGAACAAUUCUUUUCAUUUUUUUGCAAUUAUAUGUUAGUACUAUUUAGUGACAAGCACCAGACCCACGCACGGCAAGAUUUUAUGUGGGUUAGUAUUAUUUACUGCCAAGCAUGAACUUUUUUCUAAAAUUUAUGUGGAUUAAAAGAUCAAAUGUAAGAAAAUUUUAUGUGACUUCACUCAGGACCACACGCAUGGACAACUAUUAUGCAUCAUCAAUAUAUUUUUUAAAUACACAAUUAAACAAAUUAUAUGCCCAACUUACAGUUACUGCAUAUUUUUUUUAUUUUUUUAAUGCACAGUUACUCAAAAAAAUGAUAACAUGUACUAAAAAUUAUUGUGUAAUCGUAAUAAAUUUUAUAUUGCAUGACACACAUUUUAGAAAAUACAUUUAUAAUUUUUAAAUAUGUGUUCAACAUUUCCCAAAAAUGUUUUGAACAUUUUUUUCUUCAAAUGCACGAACACUUUAUUUACCUUUCAGUUUAAUUUUAAUUUUUUUGAACGUCAACCCAAAAAACAAAGCAGAGACCAGCAGGUUUAUUCUUCAGAGCUUGGGUAUUCUUCAGACAUUGUAUACUAUAAAAUGUUCAACAUAUAUACGAUGAACUUUUUAAUAUAUUGUGCAAUGAACAUAUUUUCAAUUAUACAACGCGACAAACAUUUUUUUAAUGUCAUAUAUUAUAUUUUUAGUAUCGUAUAAAAAUUGGAACGGCGAGGAAUUUAAGGCGUAUACGCGUACUAGUUGACGCAUAGGAUGGUAAGCGCUGCAAACGACUAGGCGCGGGAUCGAUUUCCGUCGGACGGGCGCGCGAUUUUCUACUUCGUAAAAAGAACGAAUGGCACAAAAUAUAAAAAUAACGACGCGUGCUUUUGGUCGCGUAAGGUGUAAUAGCGCAGCGGUAGCUCGCUACCCAUUAGAGCCGCACGUCGCUGGCUCGAAUCCCUGCGGCACCCGCGCGUGCGUUUAUUUUUGAAAAAAGAUUUUUUGUGGCAACACCUUUUUUUACAAACAGAGGAUAUAUGCGUGAUUAAAUAAAAGGUAAGGGUUGUUUUUGUAAAAGAGCAUGCCACGUCAGCCCCGACGCACGGGUCCCAGCGGUCAGAUACACCGUCAGUACGCGCUUAUACUGCUGUCAGACCGUUUUGCAACACUUAGGUUUAGAGUUGGUACUGCAUGGCAAAAAAUAUGACUAAUGAUACUGAUUUGUUACGACGUGGCGAAGUGUGGUAGUUUUUUGCAACACUUAGGUUUAGAGUUGGUACUGCAUGGCAAAAAAUAUGACUAAUGAUACUGAUUUGUUACGACGUGGCGAAGUGCGGUAGUUUUUUGCAACACUUAGGUUUAGAGUUGGUACUGCAUGGCAAAAAAUAUGACUAAUGAUACUGAUUUGUUACGACGUGACGAAGUGUGAUAGUUCCUUGCAAUUAACUUUGGCCACGGACUACCCCGUCGACAAGUACGCCACCUACUUCUCCGACGACGGCGGGUCGCUGGUGCACUACGAGGGCCUGCAGCUGGCGGCGGAGUUCGCCGCGUCCUGGGUCCCGUUCUGCCGGAAGCACUGCGUCGAGCCCCGGGCCCCGGAGAGCUACUUCUGGGCCAAGAUGCGCGGGGAGUACGCCGGCAGCGCGCCCAAGGAGUUCCUUGACGACCAUCGGCGGAUGCGCGCGGCGUAUGAGGAGUUCAAGGCGAGGCUGGACGGGCUUUCUGCCGCCAUCGAGCAGCGGUCGGAGGUGUGCAACCGUGCCAACGGGAAAGACAAAGAGGAGUGUGCAAAUGCUACUUGGAUGGCUGAUGGGUGCACGCAAUGGCAGGGGACGUGGAUCAAACCGGCAAAGGGCCACAGGAAAGGACACCACCCUGCAAUUCUUCAGGUAAUGCUGGAUCAACCGAGCAAGGAUCCUGAGCUGGGCAUGACGGCGAGCUCCGACCACCCUCUGGACUUCAGCGCCGUGGACGCGCGCCUCCCGAUGCUGGUCUACAUCGCCCGGGAGAAGCGGCCGGGCUACGACCACCAGAAGAAGGCGGGCGCCAUGAACGUGCAGCUGCGCGUCUCCGCGCUGCUCUCCAACGCGCCCUUCAUCAUCAACUUCGACGGCGACCACUACGUCAACAACUCGCAGGCCUUCCGCGCCGCCAUGUGCCUCAUGCUCGACCCGCGCGACGGCGCCGACACGGCCUUCGUCCAGUUCCCGCAGCGCUUCGACGACGUCGACCCCACCGACCGGUACUGCAACCACAACCGCAUGUUCUUCGACGCCACCCUCCUCGGCCUCAACGGCAUCCAGGGCCCCUCCUUCGUCGGCACUGGCUGCAUGUUUCGCCGUGUCGCCCUCUACAGCGCUGACCCUCCCCGGUGGCGCCCCGACGACGCCAAGGAGGCCAAGGCCUCGCACUACAGGCCCAACAUGUUUGGCAAGUCCACGUCCUUCAUCAACUCCAUGCCGGCGGCCGCCAACCAAGAACGGUCCGUCCCGUCACCGCCGACGGUUGGAGAGGUGGAGCUCGCCGACACGAUGACGUGCGCCUACGAGGACGGCACCGAGUGGGGCAACGACGUCGGGUGGGUGUACAACAUCGCGACGGAGGACGUGGUGACCGGCUUCCGGCUGCACCGCACGGGGUGGCGCUCCACGUACUGCGCCAUGGAGCCCGACGCGUUCCGCGGCACGGCGCCCAUCAACCUGACGGAGCGGCUCUACCAGAUCCUGCGCUGGUCGGGGGGAUCCCUCGAGAUGUUCUUCUCCCGCUUCUGCCCGCUCCUGGCCGGCCGGCGGCUCCACCCCAUGCAGCGCGUCGCCUACAUCAACAUGACCACCUACCCGGUCUCCACCUUCUUCAUCCUCAUGUACUACUUCUACCCGGUGAUGUGGCUCUUCCAGGGGGAGUUCUACAUCCAGAGGCCGUUCCAGACGUUCGCGCUGUUCGUCGUCGUCAUCAUCGCCACGGUGGAGCUCAUCGGCAUGGUGGAGAUCAGGUGGGCCGGCCUCACGCUGCUCGACUGGGUCCGCAACGAGCAGUUCUACAUCAUCGGCACCACCGGCGUGUACCCGAUGGCCAUGCUGCACAUCCUCCUCAGGUCCUUCGGCAUCAAGGGGGUGUCCUUCAAGCUGACGGCCAAGAAGCUCACGAGCGGCGCCAGGGAGAGGCUCGCGGAGCUCUACGACGUGCAGUGGGUGCUGUUGCUGGUGCCCACGGUGGUGGUGAUGGCCGUGAACGUGGCCGCCAUCGGCGCGGCGGCGGGCAAGGCGAUCGCUGGGAGGUGGUCGGCCGCGCAGGUCGCCGGGGCGGCGAGCGGGCUCGUGUUCAACGUGUGGAUGCUGCUGCUGCUCUACCCGUUCGCGCUCGGGAUAAUGGGGCGCUGGAGCAAGAGGCCAUACAUCCUGUUCGUUGUGCUGGUGACCGCGGUCGCUGCCACCGCGUCCGUGUACGUCGCGCUCGCCGGCUCCCUACCGUUUAAAUUUUGUACUCCUAAGUAAUGCUGCAAAGCCUGUAAGAGCUGUGAGUCAAAACACCCAUAGUUUAAAUUGCAGCAUGUAAUAAAGUUUACCUUAA